AUGCAAUUUCAAUAUGACUUUUCCGAUUAUAAAGCUCACGACUUUGAUCCGAAGAAACAGGCGAAACAGGUGCUAGCUUCUGUUCAUGCAGCAUCAGACGCAGCAGAAGACAAAGCAGUAGCGAAAAAGCGGUUAGGAUAUGCUUUGAAGGAAAUUGAAAACCAAAGAAAGACUUUUAUUGGUUCAAACGAACAUAAUCUUGCAGAAAAUGUGGAAUUCUUACUCCAAAAUCAAUCGAGAUUAACAGAAGUCAGAGAAAAAAUGAAGCAACUCACAGAUGUUUAUGAAAGAAUACGCUCUCUAAUUACCGUUCCCUAUAAUUCUGCAUCUCCAUUGCAUGACUCCAUCGUGAAUCUUCAUUCAACUUAUAUCAGCUUAAACUGGAUUCAUCGCUACUUUGAUCUGCAGAAACAGUUGGUAGCUUUGGCGGACAGUGUUCCUAACGAGCAUGAACGAUUUGAAAAUUAUUUUGGAGCGGCUACCUUGUUGCAAGAGAUGGAUCAACUCCUUGCUCGCUAUCCGCUUAUUAAACGCCAAUCUUCCGUACAGUCAUUUUCCAGCUUGAAUAUCGGCAUCCACUCUAGGAUGUUAAAAGAAACGUCAAGUUUCUUGUUGGCGCAAGAGGAAUCAGAUAUUUUAGCAGCAAAUUCCUCAACCUUUUCCAAUGGUUGCUCUACCUUGUUUUUACUAGACAAGUAUCUUCUUGAGAGAAAUAUGUCUCAGCUGUUAGGCUCUAAAAUCCAAAAAGCAAAUGCUUGCUUUGAAGCUAUCUUUCAGCUGUCUCCAACAACGCGUAGACUUUUGUAUUCAUCCGCUGAUUCGACCGCGGCUAAUUCUACAGUUUGGUCUAAAUUUGAAGAUGGAUGGUAUCAAAUCUCACAAAUUGGAUCUCAAUGCGUUUUCUGGGAAAAGACUCUCAAGCAAACUACCAUUUGCCAACCACAAUACGCUAACUUAUUAGAAUACUUUCAAGCACAACCCAAUUUCAUUCUUGAUGGCGCUACAAUUAGCAUGUUUUAUUUUAAGGAACUAGCUAUUUCAAUAAGCACAAAAAUGCAGAACCUAGAUCGUCGAGAUCCUACUUUGCUUCAAGUUUUCCGGAACGAUUGCCAAAGAGUAUCUCACAUAGUUGAACAAGCAAUUGCAAAGUCAUCUUCUGAAAUUGUUACAAAAGAUACCCGUGAAUGUUCUAUUGUGAUGAACAGUCUUAAAGUAUUAUUCCCCAAAAUUCCUUAG